AUGGAUUGCGGAGAUCAAUACAGUCCAGGCGAAUUGGACGCACUAUACGCCGAUUGGAAUCGGUCGGAAACGACUAUCUGCCUUCCUUCGCCCUCACCACUGACACGAGGAUCGACAUAUCUCCCCAAAGAAGGAUCUCGGGUGCUAGAGGAGGCUGUUCGCGAUCCGUUUUACUUGGAACAGUCUCUCGAGGCCACCCCAUCUUGGAACAGUGUUGACCAUUCAGUCUGUGAUGACAUCUUGACUGAAUACGAACACGAAGAUUGUAUAACACUCCCUCAAACCAUUGACUCCUUCAACCCCCGCAAGUCGGCUGGUCAGAACAACCGCCCAGAUCGCUCCACUAUCGCCCAACUGGAAUUCGAGAACAACCGACGCUUUCAUCGCUACACCUCAUCCACCGAGGAUACACCCCGAGUGCUUCACAGCAGUCAAGAAUCGUUUAGCUCAGUCAACACCGAUACUGCUACCCCCGACUUGACACCCAGCAGCUCCUUCUCGUCGGCCUACUCCUCCGCCCCGUGCCCCGAAGCCGUUCUCAAGGCAACGGAGAAGCUAUACCAACACGCACACCGUGCACAGCCUGCGCCCUGUCGUGCCUUUUACUUGCCUGCGUCAACACCACCACAGCAACUUCCUCUUGCGCCUCCCGUGCCUGCCAUUCCUAGGAACUACACUCGCCCAGAGACGCCUCUUGUAGAACCCUCCCCCAGUUCUUUCACUCUGGCCAUGAAAUACGAGUCUCCAAGCAUGUCCUCAUCAUCUCAUCGGAGGAAGGCUCCCCCUCCAUCAUUAUCCAACUUGGGUCGUCGCCCAAGCUCUCAUGGCUCACGCAAGAAGCAACCGAGCCCUGGAACACGUACUCCAUUGGAUCCGUCCAUGAUCUCGCCUCCCUCCCUCAUCAACCCCGUCACCAUGGAGCCCCAUGCAACACACUUUGAGCAAGCCCUCUUUAUUCCUGCGAAUGACUGUCCUAGCCCUAUUCCUAGUCCCUCGGCCAGCUCCCCGCCCAUUUCCAGGCAGUGGACAGCAACUUCCACGGAAAGACCGUCCACCUCUACUACUGCAGAUGCGUUUUGUGAGCACUCGGUCUGGGAGUCCGACUCGGAUAAUGACUCAAUCGGGCACAAGUCCCUGUCCCGGAAACCAAUCGACACCCUGCGCAAAGUUCGCAGUCGUGCGAAGCUUCGUGCUGCCAAAUCUCACCCCCGUCUGGGCCAACGACCCAGUCUGGAUGACGCGGCGCUGGAGAAAUUUCCUUGCGUGACAGAUGAUAUCCUUGGUCCUCUGGUGCCGGAACCGUCGCCCGGUGGUAGUCUCCAUCGACCCAGUACCAGCCGUGACGGCUUCCGUCCUCCUCAUCCGCUACAGACGUUACGUCUCGUGGCGCCAUCUUCUACAUCCCUUCUGAACCCCCGUUCGCGAAACAACAGCCAUGGUCAACUUCGUGAGUCCGAUAUGGACCGCUCCACUGCUGCAGCCGUUCAGGCCCAGUCGCGGCGACGGCAGCAGUCAGAUUCCUCUGGAUGUAUUCACGAGGAAUCUGACAAGCUGACCUCGAUGUGCUAUGAGCAGCAUGCACCACUUCCCUUUGAAGAGCCCAUGGAUAACCGGCCGUUCUUCAAGCGAAUGAUUGACUCUCUCCGCUCUCUCAGCUGCCACAAAACAGCCCCCAAAACGCCCACUCCGACUCCUUGA